GUUUAAUGUGAUUAAGCGAUCCCCCAAUAGAAUUCUGCCACGUGGUAGAAAGGGCCGCCAAAAAGUGUGACGUAGACUCUUAUCGCCGGGUAACUUUACAACCACUGAUUUCCCGAAACAGCAAACUGCCCAAAAAAAACUCACACGACCACUCACAUCUCCGGCUUGCUGCCACCAGAGACGAUUCUCUCCAUGACUUCGAUUCUCAACUCCGUCUCCUCCAUCCUUUCCUCCAGAGUUACCUCCGUCGACGGAGUCGGAGCUCUCUCUCUUCGGAAUCAGGAAUCCGUCGAGUUCACUCGUCGGCGUUCCGGUUGGACGACGUUGGGCUUCGAAUCGUCUGGGAGGAGAUUGGUUGUGCGUGCGGCGGAGACUGAUACGGAUAAAGUUAAAUCUCAGGUACCGGACAAGGCACCAGCCGGUGGUUCGAGCAUUAACCAGCUUCUGGGUAUCAAAGGAGCAGCUCAAGAGACUAAUAAAUGGAAGAUCCGUCUUCAGCUUACAAAGCCAGUCACUUGGCCUCCGUUAGUGUGGGGAGUGGUCUGUGGUGCUGCUGCUUCAGGGAACUUCCAUUGGACCCCAGAGGACGUUGCUAAGUCGAUUCUUUGCAUGAUGAUGUCUGGCCCAUGUCUUACUGGCUAUACACAGACAAUCAACGACUGGUAUGAUCGAGAUAUUGAUGCAAUUAAUGAGCCAUACCGCCCAAUUCCAUCCGGAGCAAUAUCAGAGCAAGAGGUUAUUACACAAGUCUGGGUGCUAUUGCUAGGAGGUCUUGGAAUCGCUGGGAUCUUAGAUGUGUGGGCAGGGCAUACCACUCCCACUUUGUUCUAUCUUGCUUUGGGAGGAUCCUUGCUGUCUUAUAUAUACUCUGCUCCACCUCUUAAGCUAAAACAAAAUGGAUGGGUUGGAAAUUUUGCACUUGGAGCAAGCUAUAUCAGUUUACCAUGGUGGGCUGGGCAAGCAUUGUUUGGUACUCUUACACCAGACGUUGUUGUUCUAACACUCUUAUACAGCAUAGCUGGGUUAGGAAUAGCCAUUGUUAAUGACUUCAAAAGUGUUGAAGGAGACAGAGCAAUGGGACUUCAGUCUCUCCCAGUAGCUUUUGGCACAGAAGCUGCAAAAUGGAUAUGCGUUGGUGCUAUAGACAUUACUCAGCUCUCUGUUGCCGGUUAUCUGUUAGCUUCUGGAAAACCUUAUUAUGCGUUGGCGUUGCUUGCUUUGAUCAUUCCACAGAUUGUGUUCCAGUUUAAAUACUUUCUCAAGGAUCCUGUCAAAUACGACGUCAAGUACCAGGCAAGCGCACAGCCAUUUUUGGUGCUAGGCAUAUUCGUGACAGCAUUAGCAUCGAGUCACUGAACCAGCGUAUUCAAUUGGAGUUUUGGCGAAAGCAAAUAUGGCUACUAUUGCGAGCCAUAAAUGUGGGUAGAAGUGAUAGCAUCGACUAGUCCUGAAAUAUUGUAAAAUGUAUGUCAGCACUAGAAACAACCCUUGUUGUAAUAACUUACCCAAACCGGGUGAAAUUGUAAUCGCUGUGUACUGUAAUGUCGGAAAUGCGUCUCUUACGCCCCCCUAAGAUUCGAGUUUAUGUUUCAAGGAACAUAUAUUCGAUACGUACGUCUUGGUUCUACACGUCAAAUUUUAUUCGAGACGAAAACACUACCACAUUUCAAACACCAAAACCGCAAACCAUUUGAUUGCACCCUCACCAAAAACCCAGAAAACUUCUGAGCGGUACAACCUUGCCGUUAGUACAAGUCUUGCGUAACUAUGUCACACACAUGAAAAUAAAACUAGCUAGACGCAUUACAUUACCCCUAAUUAGUAAAACCCUCGCUGCAACCAACAAAACCUAGAGGUUACUUAUUCAGAUUAUCUAUUACAUAACGUUGCAGCGGACAUUACUAGGAACUAUCAGCCUUUGGUGAACUUAGAUUCAUCGAUUUCAAUCCCUUCCUCCUCCGCACGCUCUCCACCAGAUUUGUCCUUCGUGCUGAGUCCUCCCUUACGUCCCAUCUCCUUAUAACCUUCGGUUCCUAACUGCUCCUUCCUCGCCUCUCCUCCUUUGUGCCCCAUCUCCUGAUAGCCCUCGUGUCCUAGCUGCUGCUUCCUCGUCUCUCCUCCUUUGUGUCCCAUCUCCUGAUAGCCCUCGUGUCCUAGCUGCUCCUUCCUCGUCUCUCCUCCUCUGUGUCCCAUCUCCUGAUAACCUUCAGUUCCUAACUGCUCCUUCCUCGUCUCCCCACCUUUAUGUCCCAUCUCCUGAUAACCCUCGUGCCCUAGCUGCUCCUUCCUCGUCUCUCCUCCUUUGUGUCCCAUCUCUUGGUACCCUUCAUGCCCUAGCUGCUCCUUCCUCGUCUGCCCUCCCUUGCUCCUUCCUUCAGCGAGAUGCUCUUGAGCUUCGAGGCUUUUGCCGCCGGUGCCACCUGGUACGACGGUCUCUCCUUGCUUGGCCUUCUCAUCAAGCUCUUCGCGGCUUAGUUGCUUUGACGCCAUUUUGAAAAGAAGAAAUUAGAAAAGAACGAUGUAGUCAAGUAUUUAAGAAGCUCUUGCUUGGUUUUGUG